CAUGCGCACAUGGGAUCGUUUCAUUUCCCCUCUAAAAUCGUGAGUCGGCGAAUCUGCUUCUUCUCUCUCUCUCCCCCGGCGUUCUUCUUACCCUGUUAUCAACUGAGAGCCAGUGAGGAUGUCUGAGGAAGAAGCGCAGGCAGCAGCCCAGGCCACCGCAGCUGAUGACGAAGAGGAUGAACUGACGCCCGGCUACACAGCUCCCAAGAAGGUGGACCUGAAGACACUGCAGGAACUGGAUGCAGACGACGAGUCUCUUGUGAAGUACAAAGCGCAGUUGUUGGGGCAGACAACCGACGUAAAAGAUGAGGGUGGGGCAAAUGUGUUAGUCCAGCAGCUGAUUCUGGAACCAAUCGAUCAUGCAGCUUUCACUCUGGACCUCAAUGCAUUUGUGUUCUUAUUGCUUAGAGUUGACCUGGAUAACCACACUUACAAGGAGGUGCACUGUUUAGCUUGUUCCUUCUAUAUAGGAGACCUCGCCAAAUUGAAAGACUCACCUAUCACCAUCAAGGAAGGCUGCGAAUAUCGUGUCAAGAUUGUCUUCCGUGUCCAGCGGGAUAUUGUCUCCGGCCUUCGCUACGCACAGAACACCUACAGGAAAGGAAUCAAAGUUGAUAAGAGUAACCUGAUGGUUGGUAGCUAUGGGCCCAAGACUGAGGCUCACGUCUACCAGACGCCACUCGAGACGGCUCCGUCAGGGAUGAUAUCUCGUGGCACCUACAACAUCAAGAGCAAGUUCACAGACGACGACAAAAACUCCAUCAAGGAGUGGGAUUGGGUGCUCAAUAUCAAGAAGGACUGGGCGUGA